AACACUCUUCAUUUUAUGAUGGCAAUGGCGAGGCAUAUAGAACAGAACGGGAAGAAAGCUCACCGAGACAGACGGGAAGACCGAAGACGUUGAAUCCGAUUAAUCACCGACUUCCCGAAACGAUUCUCAUUUCUGGGUUUAAUUAUUCAUUAUCCUCACCAACGCAAUGUGGGUUCAUCGCUUCGAUUCUUCACUCUUGUUCUUUCAAUUUUUCUUCCUCUUUCCUUCAACAAUUUCAGCGAUCAGGAGUAAUAUUGGCUUGGCAGUAAAUAGCUCAUGUAGGAGCACUGUUCAGGGAAGAUAUUUAUUGACUGAUGAUAACGGCUAUGUAUGUGAUGCUUUGUCUGUUGAUCCACUAUCUCAUUGCUGUCUUGGGAAAGGGGAGAAAUUUCCUUGUCAUGGCUGCAAUCUUGUUUCACAAUGUUGCAAUUCAUAUGAAUACUGUGUUUCAUGCUGCCAGAAUCCUUCAAGGACAAAAAGGGAGCAAAUACUAAAAAUCAAAAUUGCCAAGCCAGCCACUGCAGGGACAUAUGCCAGCGUCUUUGAUUUCUGUGUUGGGAGGUGUCGUCACAAUUCUGAGAGUGUUGUGCAUGAAAAUGCUUAUCACAGUGCUUACCAUCAUUGCUUUUCUCUGCCGUCAUAUUCUUCAGGAGUCAACGGCACACAACUAGAAUUCAGACUCAAUGGCAUCAAUGUCGUUAUUGGAAGACAAGGAGAGUCAUGUGAUUCAGUUUGCAAGUCGAAUGAACAAUCGUGUGUCCCAAACAAGAUUUUGGUCCUAAAUCACUGUGACAUUAUGAAAAAAUACUUGAGCUGCAAAGGAGGUUGCUUAGCAAGUGCUGGGGCUGAUCAACCUGCUGAAGUUGCUUUUGAUGCUCCUAAAGAAUUGAAUCCAGGAGCAUGCUUAUAUAGUAGCGCACAGUCAAUGGUUUCUUGUGAUGGCUCACAUCCACAUACCAGGAGGCUUUGCCCUUGUGCCUAACUUGUACAUUUUCUAGGUAUAUUUUUACUUCUACAAUUCAAAAACAAAAUCAAAAUCAUAAUCAAAGUUUGCUCUUCUGUUAAGUUACAUUUGCAGGGGUUUCCAUCAUUUUCAUGCAGAUGGAAGGAAGUAUAUUUUCAGCUCAACAGUUAAACUUUAUUUGUUUAUUCUUUUAGUCUAGAGGAAAAUGUUAAAAAUUUUCAUUCCGAGUGUUCUGCACAAAUGUUUUCAGGUCAUGGCACUUUUACCCCCUUCAUUUCUUUUCUGAAAUCUGCUUGUGAUUGGGAGAAAAAGAUUUCUCUGGAGAAUAUGGUAUCUAGAAAGUGUUCUUGUAAGAUUAGUGUAACAGGUUUAGGGAGUAAAGAAAGAUUUUCAACUCAUGAGGCAUUCAUUCUAGCUUAACAAGGAAUACAUAUUCUCGACCACAAAAUUAGAGGUUCAAAUUUGCGUUCUAAUGUGUUGAACUCAACAACAAUAAUUGUUAUUAUCAUAUGAUACCAUUCUUUUUA